AUGGCGACCACAGGGGAGAGCGAAGGGGUGGAACGAAAGAGGGUCGUGCUGAUCACUGGAUGCUCAGCUGGGGGGAUCGGUGAUGCGCUGGCACAGGCCUUCCACAGGACUGGGAAGACUCGUGUCUUCGCAACCGCGCGAACCAUGUCCAAAAUGGCACAUUUUGACGGUCGGGGAAUCGAGACACUCCAGCUUGAUGUCGAGUCCGAUGAUUCGAUUCGCAAUUGUGUGAAGGAGUUAGGCGCAGCGACCGGAGGCGUCCUCGAUGUACUAAUCAAUAACAGUGGGGUGGGUUACAACAUGCCCUUAGCCGACGUUGACAUGAAAACUGCACAGUCAGUAUUCAACCUCAAUGUGUUCGCAGUCCUCGCUGUUACAAACGCAUUUCUACCGCUGCUCUUGAAAUCAGCAGCUUCCAGUCGUGAUCCUGUCAUCGUAAAUCAGGCAUCUAUCAGCGCAGCAACGCCAGUUCCGUUCAUUGGCAUAUAUGGCGCCUCCAAAGCCGCUCUGGCGCAUCUCACGGACACCAUGCGCCUCGAGAUGUCAUGUUUCGGCAUCAACGUUGUCAAUCUCAUGACGGGCAUGGUGGCGACCAAUUUCGGGCACAAUGUGAGGGGAGCCGAGCCUGAACAAGGAGUUUCCUUGCCGGCAGAUAGCAUAUUUGGUCCAGCUCGAGCGAUCGUGGAGAGAUGUCUUGCCGGAGGACAAUUCGUCGACAGCGCGACACCGGUAGACCAGUAUGCCGAGGAAAUUGUGGCGAUCCUCCAGAACAAGCAGAGAGAUCCCCCGGCGAGAAUUUGGAAGGGCACAUCCGCGUUCCUUGUCUGGUUUUUGCGCAGGUUCACGCCCUUCACAUUCCCUGACCGCGAGAUGAGGAAGAUGGGAAGCUUGGAUGAAGUUACACGCCUAGUGAAAGGUGUGAAAGCGGGCUGA